AUGGAAGUGUCGAAAUAUUUAGCACAUUUUGAUGAACUACAAUUAGUAUCAUCAAGUGACAUAUCGAGACAUUACCAUGCUGUUGAAAAAGGUACUGAUAGAAAAGUUGCAAUUUUAAUUUAUAUGAAAAAUCCAAGAUUUAAAGGUCGAAUUUUCCUUCAGCCGCCUUCAAUCGACUUUCCAGGAUUAGCGACAGUAUACGAUAUAUGCGAGGAUGAUAAUUUUAUUGCAAUACCACAAGAAAUUGUAGGUUCAGGAAAUUUAUUUAAUUAUUUAUUGCCAUCACCGUUACUUUCUGAGAGCAAAGUUGCUGAAAUCGCACAGUGCAUGCUAAAAUGCUUAGCAUAUUUACAUGAUAUUGGAAUUGUUGUAAGAAACAUUAACAUGCAAAAUAUCUUGAUCUCUGAUGAUUCAAAUUACCCAUUUAAGCUCAAAGAUUAUAUACUUGCAAAAUUAUUAGAUACAAAAAACCUUACAGACAUUUGUAACGCAGAAACCUUUCCAUCACCUGAAUUUCUUCGCAAAUUAGAGUACGGUCCUCCAACUGACAUUUGGUCACUUGGGUGUAUCAUGUACGUUCUUCUUUGUGGGAAAUUCCCUUAUUUCCCAGAUGUUGAAAGAACAAUGGAAGCGUUCGGCCAAAUACAGCCUGAUUUCGAAAAAGGCGCAUGGCAAGAAAUAUCUCCGGAAGCACGGUCUAUCGUUUACAGAAUGAUUUCAAUAAAUCCAGCGGAUAGACCAACAGCAAAGCAACUUCUCGAUGAACCAUGGAUUCAAGGAAAGUGUUCUGAUAUCCCUAUUACUUCUGCAGUACAAGAUCUCAAGACAUCUAUAAUGGCUUUGAGAAUGAGACGUUCUUUCGGAGCUGCUCAGUCAGCAACAUCUUUCAGAUACUUCCAGAAGUUUUGUGAGAUCACUACCCAAUAUAAGACCCAUUUUUACUGA